AUGAAUACAAUUAUUGGUUCCGAAGAGAAACUAGUGUUCAAUGAAUUGACACAAGAAUUGAAUGCAUUUCACGUCAAACCAUAUGAUAAUUGUGUGAAUGAAUUGAUUGAAACAAACCACGACCUCAACAGUGAAGCCAAUGCUUACCGAUUAAGGCAUCGAAAAGCUGUGGAUCAAAGUGUCGACCAUUUAAGUGAUGAUAACGAGGACUCGGAUGAGAAAGACGUGAAACACAAAUACACUAUAGGUUUGGAGUCAAAGAAAAGUAAAAUUAGUAAACCAUUGAAGAAUAGUCUUAACAGUGAUUACAAUGAAUGUAAGGCUAAAAUCAAACCUAAUUCUGGCCUCAAAUCACGGAAAGAAUAUAAUUGCGAUUACAAUGACUGCGACUAUAAAUGCCGAACAAAGACUGAGUUAAAGAUUCACUCGAAGAGCCAUAAAAUAUCGGUACAAAAGGUUAAGAAGAAAUAUAAGGCGAAAAAACACUACGAUAUGGCUUCGGAUUCAUAUAUAUGUCCGCACAUUGAGUGUCAACGGCCUUACCAUAAGUACAACGGUCUGCGAAAGCAUUUGGCGGCCUUUCACUCACCCAAACGGCACUUCUGUUCGGACGACAACUGCCGCAAAGGCUUUCACACAAUGACUCAAUUAAGACAACACCUGAUGAUACACCAAAAUGUUAAGCCAUAUAUGUGUGAAGUGAAUGGCUGUACGUAUAGAUGCGUACAAAAGUCUAAUUUGGCCGCACAUAUGGUCACGCAUUCAAGUGAACGCAACUUUGUCUGUCCGGUGGCGGAGUGUCUGAAGCGGUUCUCGUCGGCGAAUAACCUGCAGAAGCAUUCAUUAGUGCACAGCAAUCGAUGUACACUCAAGUGUACGGUCGACGGCUGUAAUGAAAUGUUUCAAACAGACUUUCAACGCAUUAAACAUCGCAUAAAUGAGCAUAACUUUAAGCCAUACAAAUGGAAUGGCGUGAAGAAGAGGACCAAGGUGCAAUGCGAAUGGCCCGGAUGUGACUAUAUGGCAGUCAUGCAUCAAGUGAAGCUGCAUAAACUGACGCACACCGGCGAAAAGCCCUUUGCCUGCGAUUGGCCCGAAUGUGACAAACGAUUUGCAUUGCAUAAGUCGCUCACCGAUCACAAGAAUGUUCAUUAUAACCUCAAACCCUAUACCUGUCAUUGGCCCGGAUGUCAGUACAGGUGCUCUAAUAGUGGUAAUUUGAAUUGUCACCGAUUGGAAGCGAUGGCCGCCAAACGUAUCGCCAAUUCAUCCAUCGAUUGGACAAAGUUUUCCCAAAUUGUGCCCAAAUCUGAGCGACAGAUGUAUAACGCGUUCAAAGCCAAGUCCGACGGUUACCUCCGAAGAAUGCUCUCAUACCCGGAAACGGCGCCCAAAAUCGAUUGGUCGUACUAUCGGACGAAUAUCACCGCCAAAGGCAUUGUGGAUCAGUUGGAGAGCUCUUACAAGGCGUUGAACAUCGUUUACCCGAAGGACAACAUCUCUGACCAAAUCGCCGCACAGGAGGCCGAGAACGAGAAGGAGGUCGAGCUCUUCGUCAAAGACUCGAAGCAAAUCCAAAACGAGGCCAAGAAAUUGUUGGAGAAAUUCAAUUUAAUGCUUCCGGUGGUGGACAUGAGUGAGGAGGAGUUCGCGUUGACUUUCCCCGAGUGGUCGGUGCGCCAGACGCGAGAGCCCUCGUGGUGGCCGCACGACGAGACCACUCCCGGCCUGACCACAGCCGAGAGGGAAGCGCUCAGGAAACCCGAUGGCCCGCCCUAUUCUAUCUAAACCAUUGGAUCCAAUCUUUGAGACCAUUGUUUUGGUUAUGAAUUGAGAAUUUCGUUCACAGAUUAGGCGUUAAUUGAAUUAUAAUUUAGUGUUUAAUAAAAAUUAGUUUUAAAUUAUAAAUUAAAUA